GAACGGUAACGCCACUCGUACGCUGAAAAAUAAUGAUCAGGAGAUGUCUGACGUCACAUCCUUCUAGGAUCGUCCCGACGUUGUAAAAAUAGAGCAGUCAGUGGCCGGAGCCGAGGGGAAAGGAGUUACGUAGUCCCACAAAGCGAUCGUGGAGACUGGUUUCAGAUUUGUGAGGUCCUGCAAGCCCUGACCGAUGAGGAAUGCUUGAUUUAAUCUACGGAACGAAGAUGAAACAGUUGCUGCCGUUCUUAUUCCUCAUCCACUGCAUACUCUGUGAGCAGAAAUUCGCAAUCGAACCGCAAGAUCAGACAGCCACCGUUGGAAGCAGAGUAACUCUACCCUGUAGGGUUUUAGGGAAGGUUGGCAGGAUUCAGUGGACGAAAGAUGACUUCGGUCUUGGAGAGCACAGGUCGCUGCAAGGCUAUGAUAGAUACAAUAUGAUAGGAAGUGACGAUGAAGGUGACUUCUCAUUAGAAAUAUAUCCAGUGAUUCUGGAUGAUGAUGCUCAAUAUCAAUGCCAGGUGGGGCCUGGGCAAAAUGGAGAAGAAGGAAUACGAUCUCGAUUUGCUCAUCUCACAGUCUACACACCUCCAGAACCACCUAAAAUAGUUCAAGGGGAAAAAUUACUCACGACUGAGGACAGAGAAAUAGAGCUGGAAUGUGUUUCUCUAGCUGGAAAACCACCAGCAGAGAUUACAUGGAUUGAUGGCCUUGGCAAUGUGAUAAAAGAAGGAAUAGAGUACAUUGUAGAUGAAAUGCCUGAUGGUAGAAGAUACAAUGCAAGGUCCAUUUUGAAACUCACGCCGAAAAAGGAACAUCACAAUACAACUUUUGUAUGUCAGGCACAAAAUCAAGCCGAAAGGACGUAUAGAAAUGCUAAAUUAAGGCUGGAAGUAAAAUACGCACCGAAGGUGACUGUGAGUGUAAUAGGAGGAGCAACAAGACUGACUGAAGGUGUAGAUGUGAGACUCAAAUGUUCAGCAGACGCCAAUCCUCCAGAUGUUACGUACAGGUGGUACAUAAAUGAUCGACUCGUCGAAACAGACGCAACGACCGAACUGCAUCUUGUUAAUGUGACAAGAAGACAGCACGAUUCCAUAGUUAAAUGUGAAGUGCAGAACGCAGUAGGAAAAAGUGAAGAAUCGGAAACAUUAGAUAUUAGCUAUGGACCAAGGUUUAGAAAGAAGCCUCAUAGUAUACAAGCAGAUCAAGGGUCAACCAUUACACUGACAUGCGAUGUGGAUGGAAAUCCUCAACCUGAUAUUGUUUGGCAUCACGAAUCGACAAAUAGGGUUGCAGGAACAUCAGCCAAUUUGAGCCUUAACGUCAAUUCAGAAACAGCAGGAAGAUAUUACUGCAAAGCCACGGUUAUCGGUUUUCCUGAAAUUGGAGCGGAAGCCGUUGUUUACGUAAAAGGGCCACCGCAGAUCAUAUCUCAUCGGUCUCAAUUCGGAGUUCCUGGGGACAAUGCCAGGGUCGAUUGUACAGCAUACUCUGUACCUCCACAGACCAAAGUAUUGUGGAGCUUUAAGGGUGAAGACAUCACCGCUGAUAAUUCUCAUGAAUAUUCUGUUCUUGAGGAUCCACUCAGCGAAGGUGUUAAAAGUACAUUAAUUAUCAGAGAAUCACGCCAGGACCAUUUUGGCAUCUACAAUUGUACAGUUGUUAAUGCUUAUGGUCAUGAUACCCUAGAAAUAACCCUUAAACCUCAAAAGAGCUUCCCAUUAUUGCUCAUAUUAACUGGUGUUUUGGGAGGAAUUGUGAUAAUAAUUGCAAUAACAAUGGUAAUAAUCCUUUGUCAGAGAAAAGUCAAGAAACCUCCAACAGCGUUCACCACAAAUGAACAAACAGAUGUGGAAAAACAAUGUAAAGAAUCCGACAGAUCUUCGAAUAUAUCGGACAUCAAGUUAGAAUUGAGAACUGGCUCUUCAGUGAGCAACGUUCACUGCGAGCUGGACUAUCCGGGUGGAGGGGGCUCCGAGACCGGCAGCGAAAGUGUCGUAACACGCAUCGGCGUACCGCUGGCUGGACCAGUACCUAUCGACCAUAGGUAUUCGAAUAAUAGAUUUUCAAGCGGAGACUACCCGGAUCCAGUGUUCCCUCCAAAAAAUGAUGGGCAGAACAACAACGGUUACGUUCCUUAUGUGGACUACACUAGAGAUUAUACCCCUCCAGCCCCUACGACGAUGGCAACCUCUACCAGCCCAGGGGUGGAUCCAAGGUAUUCGGCCGUGUACGGUAAUCCCUACCUGAGGACGACAGGGACUCCUACACUUCCUCCUCCUCCCCCUUUAGCCCCUGCACCGCCCCCGUAUUCAGCAAGAAAUGGGUCCAUCCCUCACCGGCCUUCAAAUACAUCCCAUUACAUAACCAGCCAACAGGCUGUUGUCAAAAGAGGAUCACUAGCUACCCAUGUAUAAAUAUCGCCCAAAGUGUUCAAGUUACAAAGUUAACUGGUGUACUUAGUGCUCAGUGAUUUGCCUUAAUUUGGAACAGUGAACUCAUUUAAGAAACAAUAACAAAUAUAAACAAUACACGCCGAAGUUCGUAAUUUCGAAAAUGAGGUGUUUAAGUUUUAUCAAAUAAAAUGAGACUGAUAUCGCAUUAAACGGUUUUUGUAAUUGAUUUCUUUAGAAAAAAUUCUUAUUGUUUCAAUUUUUUGAUAUGUGCAAACUUGUGUUACACUUGUUUUGUGUAGAUUAAUAUUUCAAUGUUUUCAUUUAAUUUAGAUUCCAUUUAUAUAAAUAUAGUGUAAAUUGUGAUGAAAUUACCAUGAAAAGUUCAUUGUAGUUUUGUUUGGAAAAAUAUUUCUACAAUUUACUUUUAAAAUUUUUGACUAAUGAGCUUUGAAUUUUGAAGAAGCACAAUAUGACUUUCUAAUACAUUGUACUUAGUUUCUUUUUUAAUACUAUGACAGGUGUAUUUUUGUAAAAGUGGAAUAAUUAUUAAAAAACAAAAAAAAAACAUGAAAGAUCUCUUAGAUCAAGCCAAAGAUGUUAAAAUUAAUCCAACCACAUAGUACUUCGUAUCAAAAAAAUCAUGUUCUAGACUUAUUGACAUAUCAAAUGAUUUUUAGCUUGGAGGUCCAUUUGAAAUUCUAUAUUCCAAAAAAUGUUAUUACCAGUUAUUUUACUGGAAAUGAUAAAAAACAAUGUACAGUUAUCUUAUUUCUUCUCUUUACUUUUUUUAUUUUAUUAUUAUGACUCUGUAUUUAUUUUUGAUUAAUAGCUUUGUAAAUGUAAUUACUGUAAAUAGUUUGUUAUAAGUCAAUGUAUAUAUAUCUAAGGAGUCAGGAUAAAUUUAUGGAUAAUAAUGCUGGCAUUUUUUUAUUGUUAGCUUAAGAAUCCUGCCUCAAACUUCCUUAAUGUGAGAACUGUGAUUUUUACUGUUACUUCAUUAUUUGAUAAUAUAAAAAAAAGAAUUAGUUAAAAAGUUAUAUAUAAAGAAAUUGUUUAUAGUGUAUAAAUGUAAUUUGCUAUUCUCUGUGUACAUCUUUAUAAAAAAUAUUGAAAAAAAACUAAAAAAUUAGCAGAUUUCAAUUUAUACACCUUCCAAUUGCAUAGUCUUAUAGAUAUAAUUAUUGUUUGAAGGGAAAAACUGUCAUAAUCAAAGUUGUAGAUUUUUCAAUGUAUUUUUUUAAGGAAAUCAAUGUCAGGCCUAGUUACUGUCCUUUUUGCCUUAUUUCCCCUAUAAUUUUGUUCAUUUCUUUUUUGAUUUAUUAUCUUUUUUUAAUAAGUAGUUUGCACAAUGUUCUUAAAAGAAUAUAUAAACUAUUCUUUUAUAGAAAUAAAAACUCUUGCUCAACUUCUUUCCGAAUCCAUUUAGAACCAAUUUUAUUAGUGGUAUGAUUAUUAAAUUUUGUGGCACUUCACAGCAAAAAUAAAAUUUAUUUGAUAAUUUAAAAAAAAAAAAAGAGUAAACUGUAUGUUUCGCCGUGAAUGUUAGCUUUGACUUAAAACUAGAGAACGAGUAUGUUUCCAUUUAGUUGAGCAGGAUGAAAGAUAAUUAAUAAUAAUAUUGUGCCAUUAUUGAGUAUGUGAAUUGGUCAUGUAUAGUAUAAUUUGCAAGCUCAUGCAAAAUCUCCUCAACUGAGGUAAAACAUCAGUAUUUUUAUAUUCAGGUUAAAAAAUUAUAAAGAUUAAAAAAAAACACUAGCAAUACAUCCCCCGUCCUAUCUUCCAUAUCAUUCUUCUCCUUACCUUGAAAUGGAAAUAUUUUCCAUAUUAUUUGAUGUAAUUAAUGUAAUGUUUUAUAUAGGUAUUAUCUUACUAAAAAAAAAGUUAUUUAAAAAAACUGCAAGUGCUCACAAAAAUCCCACUAUGUAUUUGUUAAUCGCUUUCUUAUAGAAAGACGUUAUAACAAUCUGUGCAAUGAUUACAAUCUUAACGAGAAAAAACCUGCAAUUUAAUGUAAAGAUUUGUGUGUCAGUCAGUGUAGGCCUACUUAUUGAUUUGCAGUUGUAUAAUAAAUUUUCAUUGUACUAUCA